UUAAACUUUGGGACGGGAGUGAAGUUCGGGCAGCACCAACAAGAGCUAUCGAACUGGCCGAGGCAAAGAGAAAGUACAGUUCUUAUUACUUUUCUAAUGUAAGGAUACAUUUUAGUGUUUUUUUUUAUCUAACUCUUUCAGAAUUGUUUUAACGCGAGUUUGACGGCAGCAAGGUGAUAACUAUUUUUGUCCACACAGAGGAGGGUUUAUGAACGUUUCAAGAGAGCUCAAGGUUUGAUAUCUCUCUUCGCCUCGAAACGAUUUCGUUGUAUAUUUUCUGUAUUGCGUUGUAACUUUUCUACUAAGCCAAAAUGAGCAACCCACUGCAGCCAAUGCCAGGACAACAAGUUAUCCAUGUCGCUCAGGACCCUGAUACGGAUCUUGAGGCGCUUUUUGAUUCGGUUAUGAACCCGAAACCCAGUUCAUGGAGGAAAAAAAUGUUACCCGAGUCUUUUUUCAAGGAGCCAGAUUCUGGAUCUCACUCCCGACAAUCGAGCACUGAUUCGGGCAGCCACCCGCCCAGGCUCACCGUACAACACGUACGGUCACAUUCCUCGCCCGCGUCCUUACAGCUUGGAUUGGGAGCCAAUCCAACUCCAAGCCCAGUACAUCACUCGCACAUCCGGCACCAGUCUUUCGAUGUUGCCGAAGAGUUGCCCCUGCCUCCUGGAUGGGAGAUGGCCUACACGUCAACUGGACAGAAGUACUUUCUCAAUCACGUGGAGAAGAUCACUACUUGGCAUGACCCUCGUAAGACCAUGACGGCCGCCAUGAAUCAGAUGAGCCUCCACGCUCCCCCACCCUCCGCCACCCCACAGCAACGCAACAUGGCCCUGUCCCAGCCCAACCUCGGAGAGCUACCUGAUGGCUGGGAGCAGGCUGAAAACCCUAGUGGAGAAACCUACUUCAUUGACCACAAAACACACAGAACGUCUUGGCUUGACCCGCGCGUGGAUGCUCGCCUCAUGAUGUCCCAGCACCAUCACCAGCAGCAACUGCAACACACCCAGCAGCAGCAGCCCCAGCAGCCCCAACAGGCCCAAGCCUUAGGCUCACCUGGCUCACUCCCCCAGCAGCAGAGCUCCCAGGCUGGGAUGAUGAGCCUCUCCAGUCCCCUGGGCGUGGGGGUCAGUUCCCAGCACCAGCAGAAGAUGAGGCUGCAGCGCAUCCAGCUGGAGAGGGAGAGGAUCCAGAGACGACAGGAGGAGCUCAUGAGACAGGAGGUGGCGCUGUGUAGACAGCUGCCCAUGGACUCGGAGAGCAUGGCACCAGUGCCCACCCCCGGUGGCAACCCUGCCCAGCCCAUGACACAGGGCAACAUGCCCACCAAUGGAGCCGACCCCUUCCUCAACAGUGGUCACUUCCAGCACUCACGGGAGCAGAGCACAGACAGUGGCCUGGGGCUGGGCUGUUACAGCAUCCCCACCACCCCAGAGGACUUCCUCAAUAACAUGGAGGAGAUGGACACAGGUGAGAGCAUGUCCCAGGCGGGCAAUAUGAACGUGCCCCAGCACAGCCGCUUCCCGGACUUCUUGGACUCUCUGCCAGGCACCAACGUGGACCUGGGAACCCUGGAGGGAGCAGACCUCAUUCCCAUCCUCAACGACGUGGAGUCAGUCCUCAACAAGAGCGAGCCCUUCCUCACUUGGCUGUAAACACACAUAAACACACACACAAUUUCUUUACACAUAUAUUCACAGCCAUACAAACAGGACGAAAGACUCACUCCACAUAUCUAAAGACUACCUUUUGCUACUUUUUCAAAUCAGCAUUAUCUCUUCGUCCCACUUCUCCAUGUGUACAGUAAUAUUAUGCUCUGUCUAUUAUGCUUCGGAUCAAAGAUAUAGAGUAUUAAUCAAAGCCUUGAGAGAACAAAAACAAAUCAAAACAUGACACGUAUUAAAGUAUACUUCACUAUUGAAGUUACUGUAUGGUAAACUAACAACGUUAGUAGUUUUGGUUUUGUAUGUUCUAUAAGACUUCCUCCGAUAACCCACUCUGGUUUUGGAAUCACAAUUGAUAAAAGCAAUUAUACAGCAUUCCUUUCUUUCUUGGGGUGACUUUCUAUGUGGAACAAGUACUUGGUGAAAAUAAAUACAUUUGGCUUCCAAUGGUAUUGCUUUGACGUGACUGUCAAAAUGUAUGCAGGGAGUCUUUUUCACCAAUAGGUGGCGCUAUUGCUUAACUUACUGCAGUUAUGAAAUGGAUCUUUACUGGCUACAAGGUUGUCCAGUCUGUAGGUUCUUUGUAUAAAGUGGACCUCUGUUGGCAACAGCACUGUAAACCUUCUUCUAUAUCACCAACAGUAUCCUAACUGUCAGUUUGGGUUAGAAUGAAAACCCGAUUGGCUUUGUUACUGUUGCUUCUGUUCA